AAUUAGUUGAAGUGCGAUUUCAGUUCAAAAGCAACAGAAUGUCCGACUAAGUAAUAACGUCCCUUCCUUUAUAGUUUCUAUCCAUCAGCUCCAAAACCGGGAGAAAACGGAAUAUCCCUCUCUGCAUAUAAUCACCAAAUACUCCAAAACCCUAGGUAGUUCUGCACACACACACAUACUCGUACUCACAAUCAUAAUCUCUCUCUCUCUCUCUCUAUAUAUAUAUAUAUACAUAUAUAUAUAUGUGUGUGUGUGUGUACAUAGGUAUGUGGAUAAGCUUGUGAUGGAUUACUAGAUAUAUUUGCGAUGUUGACACACAGAAGAAGAAGCAGAGAAAUGAAAAAAGACUUGGAUGAUCAGACUCCAUUGUCAAUCAAUUCUUGAAGAUUCCCUAGUGUAAUGGCGUCUUCCAAGCUCAUGGCUUCUUCGGCAUCGCGUGGUUCGGAUCUUAAGCGGAAACUCUCGGCUUGUGCUUCUACUUCUUCGGUUACGGACUUUCUUAGAAUUGAUAGCAGCAGUGAUGCUCGGGAUAAUUUAGCUUCCGGCUCUGGGAUGGUGGACGGGUUUUUGAGGAAUGCAUAUAUGGAGAGAAAUCCAAGUCCGGAUCAGGGUCAUCGACAGGUUGCUGAGGCGGACAGUAAUUCAGGUACACUGUUGAAUGCGGAGAUCACGCUUCUGGAUGCUGUUGGGGCCGUUGCUCCGAUUAGUGAUGGCGAGAUGGAGCCCCCGAGGAUAGUUAGGAAGACGGUGGAUGACGUGUGGAGGGAGAUUGUAGCAGGGAAAAAGAGCGAAAAGAAGCCUAAAGAGGAGAUGAUGACUUUGGAGGAUUUUUUGGUCAAGGCCGGUGCAGUGGAGGAGCAGGGGUCCGCGGCGAGGGGGAUGGUGGAGGUGAAGGAGGAGGGAUUGGGUGGAGGAAAUUAUUCUUAUGAGAAUAAAUCUGGUGUGAUUGGAAUGGAUUUGGGGGUGGAUGUUGGGGGAUUGGGUAGAGGGCGAGGGAAGAGGAGUUUGAGUUUGUUGGAACCGUUGGAUAAGGCGGCACAACAGAGGCAAAGAAGGAUGAUUAAGAACAGGGAAUCUGCAGCGAGGUCUAGAGUGCGUAAGCAGGCGUAUCAAGUGGAAUUAGAAUCCAUGGCUGUGAGACUAGAGGAAGAAAAUGAGCAACUAUUAAGAGAGAAGGCAGAGAAGAUGAAGAAGAGACUUAAGCAGCUUAUGGAGAAUGUGAUUCCUGUAGUGGAGAAGCGUAGGCCACCACGCAUGCGGAGAGUUCGUUCCAUGCAGUGGUAAAUCUUUGCUAAUGCAGGACAUAUAGAUGAGACUCAAAUGCCAUCUUCUGACAUAGGACAGGUUAUAAGCAGCAAUAAUUAUUAUCAGGAAAAAACUCUUUUCGGAACAAAUAGAUAAUCUGGCAAUUGCUGAACUGUAUUAGAGAAGUAUUAGUUCUUGAUGUAAAGUGAAAUAGCAAUAGCAAAUAGGAUUGUGGAAUCUAUAUGUGUGUCAUGAAAUCAGAGUGGAGAUAAGAGAACUCGCUUACCUUUACCAAUACAACAUCAAUGCCUGAAAUCCCUCCAACUAAUGGGAUAAGUGGGGAGCUGGGCUGGUGCUGUGUUGUCUUGUUAAUGAGUAUCUCUGCUCCUUGUAAGGUUUAUCAUGUAUUCUAUAGCCUAGUUCUCUCUUAUAUGCUUAAAGAAAAUCUUAGUGUUGGUUGA